ACUACUGCUGCUGCUGCCACCACCACCCUCCCCACGUAGACAAAUUAUGAGACCACUAUUGUCAGGUAGAACCAUAGUAGCAGGGAUACUUACCGUUGUACUCGUUCUUGUUCUCACCAAGGAGGAGCAUUCACAUGUACUACACUACCACAGACAUAGUGCAGUGUUUGACGUGACACGACCCCGGGCGGUAUUUAUUGCGCUUGCCCGAAAUCAAGAAUUAUACGACCUAAUCCACUCCAUUCGCCAGGUGGAGGACCGGUUCAACCUGAAGUUCAAUUAUGACUGGGUAUUCCUCAACGACGUCGAGUUCACGCAAGAAUUCAAAAACUUGACAUCGGCGCUCGUGUCAGGAACGGCGAAAUAUGGACACAUACCCAAGGAACACUGGUCCUAUCCUGACUUUAUCGACUUGAAAAAGGCAGAACAGACCCGGAUGCAGAUGAAACAGGAGAAUAUCAUCUAUGGCGACUCGGAGUCGUAUCGACACAUGUGCCGGUACGAAAGUGGGUUCUUCUAUCAUCAUGAACUCUUACGUGAUUAUGACUGGUAUUGGCGUGUGGAACCGGGGAUUGACAUAUAUUGUGAUGUGGACUAUGAUGUGUUUAAAUACAUGGAGCUGAAUAACAAGACUUAUGGGUUUGCCAUAUCCAUCAAGGAGUUUAGAAAGACUAUACCCACUUUAUGGACACACACCAAGAACUUCAUUGAACAAAACCCGCAAUAUCUUGCAGCAGAUAAUUUGCUUCCAUUUAUAAGCAACGAUAAUGGGAACACCUACAACCUCUGUCACUUUUGGUCCAAUUUUGAAAUUGCAAAUUUAAAUUUCUGGCGAGGAGAAGCGUAUCUGAGAUAUUUUGAGCAUUUGGAUAAGACCGGUGGGUUUUUCUAUGAGAGAUGGGGAGACGCGCCGAUUCAUUCAAUAGCUGCGAGUUUGUUCUUGUCUAAGGAUGAGAUACACUUUUUUGAAGAUGUAGGGUAUAGACAUGGACCAUAUAUGCUGUGUCCUAUAGAUGGGCAGUUUAGACAAGACCAUAAAUGUUCCUGUGAUCCAGGACGGGAGUUUACAUUCAGGGGAUACUCGUGUGGGAACAAGUAUUAUGAGGCUGCUGGGUUGGAGAAGCCACACGGUUGGGAAAAGUAUACGUAGAUUAUUUAGUUG